AUGUCUACCCGCCAGCCACCCCCAGCUUACACAGCGCCACCUGAAUCGGGCGUGCAUGCUGUUUCACAGUUUUACAGGUCAAUUUCUGAGACCGCCUCCGACAUCUCUGCCCGCACCUCAAAGGAAAAGUUUACCAUUCGACCAUGCUCAGCUCAAGCGUGGGUUGUCCCCGCCGGCCACGUCUGCCGUCUCACUACGCCCAAUGGACCGCAAGUCGGUGACCUGAACAUCUGGAACGCGAGCAACCCCCGGGAGCGGAUGUGGGCUGCACGUACCCGGCAGGUCCACGCCUCCCACGUCUCCGUUGGCGACCGACUGUGGUCCAACCUGCCCUACCUACGGCCCCUGGUUACGAUCACUGGUGACUCACUUGGCGGCGGGCAGUUGCAUGACGUACUUGGGCCGGAUGGGAAGCGGAAGCCAGAGGCUGUCUUCGGGCCCACGCAGUUUGGAGGGCGGGUGCAUGAUCUGCUGGGUACUCGGUGCGAUCCCUAUGUCAAUCUGCUGAUGGGUGGGGAGACCUUUGAUUACCACUGUCACUCGAAUCUAACACGCUCGGUGGUUCCCUACGGAUUGACGGAGUUGGAUAUUCAUGAUGUCUUGAAUGUGUUUCAGGUGACGGGUCUGGACAAGGACGGGAAAUAUUUUAUGGAGACAUCCCCUGCACAGGCGGGCGAGUACUUUGAGUUUUUUGCCGAAGUGGAUGUUCUCUGUGCGCUGUCGGCGUGUCCUGGAGGUGAUCUUUCCCAGUGGGGCUGGGAUGAUAAGGAAGAUGGCAUGGGGUCGACAUGUCGUCCACUAGGUGUGGAGGUAUACCAGUUAAAUGGCAAUGUCCUCGAAGGAUGGAAGACACCGCAAAGUCCUCCAUACCGGGGGAUGCAUGGAAUGAAGAUGCCAGUGCGCGAGGAAGACAACUACGUGGGGCUCUAA